UGAUGACGCAGCCCGUGGAGAGAGUGUGAGGAGGAGGAGGAGGAGGAGGAAGGCAGGGUAGAAGAGAGAGGAGAGGGUGUCCCGUCUGCGCGGAGCUCAGACAGACAGCAGGGAACAGCUGCAGCCCCGAGCCCACUCCGAAUAUCCGCCGUUUCAUCCACGGUUCAAUUAAAAACAAAAAGACAAAACAGCACCAGGCGCGUGGAGCAGCUCGAGCAACCGAACAUCAGCUGAGAGACAUCACCUGAGGAAGAUCACCUGAGAAACAUCAUGGUCGACCGCGAGCAGCUGGUGCAGAAAGCCAGGCUGGCCGAGCAGGCUGAGAGAUAUGACGACAUGGCAGCUGCAAUGAAGUCGGUGACGGAGCUGAACGAGGCCCUGUCCAACGAGGAGAGGAACCUCCUGUCCGUGGCCUACAAGAACGUGGUGGGCGCCCGCCGCUCCUCCUGGCGGGUGAUCUCCAGCAUCGAGCAGAAGACCUCCGCCGACGGCAACGAGAAGAAGAUCGAGAUGGUGAGGGCCUACCGGGAGAAGAUCGAGAAGGAGCUGGAGGCCGUGUGCCAGGACGUGCUCAACCUCCUGGACAACUUCCUGAUCAAGAACUGCAGCGACACGCAGCACGAGAGCAAGGUGUUCUACCUGAAGAUGAAGGGCGACUACUACCGCUACCUGGCCGAGGUGGCCACGGGGGAGAAGAGGGCCACGGUGGUGGAGUCGUCGGAGAAGGCCUACAACGAGGCGCACGAGAUCAGCAAGGAGCACAUGCAGCCCACCCACCCCAUCCGCCUGGGCCUGGCGCUCAACUACUCCGUGUUUUACUACGAGAUCCAGAACGCCCCCGAGCAGGCCUGCCACCUGGCCAAGACCGCCUUUGAUGACGCCAUCGCCGAGCUCGACACCCUCAACGAGGACUCCUACAAAGACUCCACUCUCAUCAUGCAGCUGCUGCGAGACAACUUGACACUGUGGACAAGUGACCAGCAGGACGACGAGGGCGGGGAGGGCAACAAUUAAAGUCAAAGAGAGAGAGAGGGUUUGAAAAAAAAUAAAACAAAAAAAUGCGCGUUUUAAAAAGAAAAAAGUAAUUACGAAGGGCCGGUGGACUUUGGCAGCCGCUUUUGCCGACGAUACUACCGCAGCAGCAGUUCUUUAUUUUUCCAUGUGUUAAAAGAAAAGAAUCGAAAGAGAGGUGGGAGUGGAGGUUAAAUCUUAGUUUAAAUAUAUAUAGAAAUAUAUAUAUACGGUUGAAAAAGGGGGGAGGGGCCUCUGUUUUCUUGAUUUUCUCUUUGACAUUUGCCAAAACCACUCAAUCAGCCUGAAGUGGUGGUUGUUGGAUUGAAAGGGCAGCCUCACACUGGCAUUGAAACUGAUCUUGUUCUGUCAAGAUAAAAGCUGCUUACUUAGGUUUUUUGCGUGAUAGAGCUGCAUUUGAGUCACUUGAGAGAAAGAGAGAGAGAGAGAGAAAACACUUGAACGGGAAUGCCUCACAAAAAUCAUUUGCGUCGGUUCCGAUAAUAAAAAGAAGAAAGCCGCGGCGAGUUAAAAAAAAGGUAAAAAUUUCCCAAAAUUUUAGAGGAUAAAUUAAACCAAAGUUAGAAUUCGGAGUAGAAUAACAAAAUUGAUUCCCGUAAAAUAUUGCAGGUAAACUGUUACGUCACUGGAACCAUUGAUUUGUUUGGAAGUAAAGAUUAUUAAAGGCAGAGACUUAAUAAAAAGGAAAAUUCAAAAAAAAAAUCAUUAAAAGCAGCUUCAGAGUUUGUGGUUUACUUAUGUGUUUGUUUUAUUAAAUGCACUUGCCUACUAUACUGUUUCUUCAGUGUAAGAUGACGACAAUAAUAUUGCUUAUUCAAUAUUGUGCAUGCUGGUGAUGUAUUUAUAUACAGUAGCUUGACUUUAUUAACUUAUACUGUGGGUGUUAAGUAUUCAUAUGAUUGAGAAAAAAAACAAAACAGGUUUCGUCUGAUGUUGAUUUCAAAUUUACUUACUUUUUUUGUUAUGUUUUUUUGAUUUGCUUAUACCAAAAUGGUGAUCGUAAAAAUUGACCUGUAAUGGGCGUUGCUUUAGUGACAUGCAAUAUGUGUAUUUAAUUUGUUAUUAAAAGACAAAAAAGAAAAAAAGAAUAACCCACCAGUCCUUACUUAAUCUUACCAGCUGGUGUUUUGUCACAUUGAAGUAUAUGUUUUGUUCUUUGAACAGUAUUUUUUUUGUUUUUAUUUUUUCCUGUCAUGCUAUCGCGUUUUAACAAUGGUGACGUGUCCAGGCUCAAUGUUUCUGUUAUGAAUUCACAUACAUGGACCAUAUUUGAUUUCAGACCGUAUAAAUGAUUAUUUUUGUUUUUAUACCUUUUAGCUGUUCCUGAGUGACAAAAUAUCUUGAAUGUGAGUCAUUAUGUAGCAGUUGCACAAGAACCGGAAUAAUAGCUAUGAUAAUAAAAAAGAAUAUGACUAAAUUAUACAUGCACCAUGUCCGUGGUGGUCCAGUGUAUUGUUGUAUUGUCACCCAUGAGUGUACUUCGCUUUUAGGAAACCACUUCAUUGAACGGUUAUUUUUUUAUUUUUUUCAUGUUUUGUGUGUGUGUUUUUGCCCGGAGUACAAGUGUGCUUCCUGUUUGUGAGCCUCAUUUGCAAGUUAAUCUUUAACGGGAAGAAAAAAAAACAGUAUUUUAGCUUCCUGAAAGCAUGUAAGAGAACUUCCCUUCACUUGCUGUUGUGUUUGCACACAAAUACGCACAGAUUCACAGGGAAAACAGAACAAACGGCACAAAAAGCUGCUGAACAGAUGAAUUAUCGCAAUGCUGCUAUUCGUCUAUAGAUUAUCAUAUGUAUGGCGGUUCUAUUUAUUUUUUUGUUUUAUUUCGGAUUUGAUGGCUCGGGAAGGGAAACCAAAAGCCUUAAGGUCGCUCACACAACCUUGCUCAUGUAUGCCAAUUAUGUCACCAUCAUGAGUCAGCCUCCAUGAGCUCACAGUAUGUCACAGCUGCUUUCGUUUAUUUUUAACUUCGCCAAGGUCUCCGAGGUUCACGAGACGAGCGGCAGGGAAAACUUGUGCUCAAACAGCCCGUAAAAACACUUAAUUUUCACUUUUUUCGUGUUAAUUGAGUUGAGAUUUUAUCUUUUUUUUGCUUGAAUGUUUUUUUUUCACAUCAGGAGGCUUGCACUCCCCGCCGCUCAUUAAAAACAAAAGUGUAAUGAAAUUUGUUCAACCUUUGUGUUUUCUGUUUAAGUUCUCAUUAUUUUGGGUAUUAUUGUUUCUGUGACGCAGCAACUUGCAAGUACAAGUCAUGAGGUUAAUAUAACAGACAGCUGAAUUUGAACAAAGAAGAGGAAAGGAGCUGAGUGGGGAGAUUAGCAGGAAACAAACUGUAUGCCCUGAGGAAUUUCUUUCGUUGCCAUCUGUUGUCCAUUAAAGUCAUUUGCCUUUUGGUAAUAUUCUA